AAUAAUCAGUUGUCGUGCGCGACGACCAUUUGUACCUCUUUGACCACAUUUGUCGAAUGUCGGAGGCGCUUGUGUACGCGUCAGCAGCGUGUAGCAGGCCAUGUAUGAUCGCGUAGCACGCGUACAGCGUGUGCACGCUGCCCACUGCAAGGACGUGGAGAACGAAUAGAUUCAGCCGCCUAAAAAUUUGCUUGUCGUGACUGUUCGGGAGACGGUGUUUAGGGUUAUGAAAAAACGAAUUCCGGAGAAAUCAUCAGUCCCCUUCGGGUCGCCCAUGUUCGCCUCCACUGUCUGUACAGCACACCGGUACAACUCUACAGGAUAUCUAAAUACCCGACAGGUUGCGGCAGUAUUCGAAGUGGCGCGGACAACCAUUUUUUCUGACGGUUGACAGCAUCAUUUGAAAAAAUGGGAUUAUCAAAUGUCAUUUUCCUCUGUUUAUUUUGUUGUGGCACAACUCGUGCGUAUCGAGUUCUCCCGGGACAGGAGGAGGUCCUUGACGCAAAACUUUUGCAGUCCCCUCUUUAUGGCCCGUUGUCAGGUGUGGCAUUCCACUUAGCCAUGAUAUCUCAGUCCCUUUCUCGUGCGCAGAGACAAGCCCUAAACGAUGAAGCCCUUAUGAAGCUACUCGACUCGGUCCAAAUCAGAAGUAACAGGAUCAGGCCGCUGCUCGAAAAUGUUUUCCUUCUCUUGUCGAAGAAUCGUUUGACGACCGGCGACACUGAAAUGCUGCAGACGGAUUUUGAGGCGAUGCAAAACAUAUUCUCACAGAUGCAACGCCAAGUCCAAGAAAUAGGAGCACUGGAGGACAACAACUCGUCACAAGGACCUUAUAAUUCACUGUCACUGCAUGUCCGAGAGGGAUCACAGCAAGCUGCAGGAUUGCACGCUGCGGGCGCGAGUCACACAAAAUCAAUUCCCUCACUCAUCGCCCACUUCCUGACAACAGAAUUCUUUCCGGGUGCAGAAAAAGCUUACAAAUUGGACAGAAAGCUGGACAAUUUUGAGAAUGGGGAGGCACGCCAUUAUUCUGUUGCGGAUGAGUUGUAUUCGGACUGGCGCAACGCACACAGUGGCAUUCAGCGGUCAGGGAAGAGGAUCCUCGCCCUGAUCGCGAAAGUUAAGAAAUCCAUCCCUCGGCUUCCAUCAUCUGAUGAGGAAGAACGUCUUGCAGCUGCAGCAUAUUUUAUGCCAAAAGGUGUAUCUGAUAAAGUCAAGAGACAAAACUGGCACAUCAUCGGUCACAGGCUGGACGAAGCAGAGAACGUUGCUGCCACGCUUGUCCACAGCCUGCAGCAAACCAGAACGAAGCAGGGGAAAAUUGAACACUUCGAUUUGCCUGCGGCCAUCGCGAUAGUCAGUCAGAUCGAGAGUAUUAUCCCCAGGCUGAUAGAGGUGCAUAAAAAUUUGCACAAUUCGGAAGACAGAGUCAGGUUCCUGUGUAAUCGAGCUUAUCGUGACGCAAUAGAAAAGCAGGCGCCUCUGGAGAGAAAUAAUACACUGAGACGGAAGCUCAACAGGCUAAAACACGACUUGAUUUCCAUGAUAAAGGGAGUACGGCAGGAGAUGGCUCUCCUUCUUGGAAUCUCCUCUGGACGAACGACGAACACUAUUGCCCUGGACCUGAUGGAGCCUUUGGAGAGAUUCGCGGAGUUGGAAAGAGAAGCACACGAGCGAAGCCAACCUAGUAGGUUCAGCGCUGAGCUCAGUGAUUUGCGUGCGCUGCUAAGUGACCUACACCGCGACGCAUCACACCUUCGUCGCUUUAUUCAAGUUGGAGACAACGAACUGCAUUCAGGAGAGGAGCUUUGAGCUGUACCACCUAUUUUGCACUAGAACCGCGUCAUCGGUGCUGCCUGGUCGAGAGCUGGGCUCUCCUAAUAGUGACUCCAUAAAGCAUUUUGCCACCCUCCCAAGGGUCGGGAUGCGCGUCAUCAAUUACAUGUACAUCUUUUGCCUCACCCAACACCAUAUCAACCAAAGCAAAGUAAAAUAUCGCCUGUCCUUUGUCGGUUCCUGUCGCUUACACAGGAAUUUUGACACUCAAACCAUGUCAUAAUUGCACGCAAACUUGAUAUCCUUAUCUGCCUCCAAUGACCACCAGCUGCCUCUCUUAUGUGACGGCACUGAGCCCGGCGAGUGUGCGUGUGGCACCCAAACACCCGACAUCGUAACUCUUUUUCGUGCAAUAUUUUAUAUCUGUUCAUCAGGGGAUCAGGCGCCACUUCAUAAGAUGGUUGAGAGCCACAAGGACCUACUGCUGAACCACUUCUUCGCUGUCCCAGCGUCGGCCCAUAAUCCGUCUUAGUAAAACGAUAACGCAGAAAAAAAUGGCUUGUGUCGCAUUGAUGUUUUAGAUAUGAUGUUAUGACUUAUCGGCGAACUCAAAAAGUCCCUCCGUAGCACCUGAAUUGACUGUUUCUAGGUA